CCACCAUCACCCAUGGAAGACAGUGAUAUUGCGCCAGGAGAGAGUGCCGAGGAAAUACUCGCUGACGGGCAGGAUCUGGAAGAGAACUCAGGAGUCAGCUCUGGUUUAGAGGGAGCUCAGGGCGAAAAACUUGGUUUAGAGAGAGCACAGACCGAACAACCUGGUUUGGAGGAAGCACAGGAUAGUAGUGUUGCGGAUGAGAGCCUACCGGAGACCGGUGAGGAAGUAGUGCAGAGUGAGGAAUCAGUGACAGACGGUGAUGCACAAAUGCAGGAGACCCGUCCCGAUAUAGUCACAGUGAAUACCGGUACGUCGCAGACGGAACCCCAGGGCGAUACAGAGCAAGCGGUGGGUGGUGAGGAAAUAGUGUUAGGAGAUGUUGAGUCGGAAGAUGGUGACGAAAUAACGGGUGACGAAAUAAUGGGUGAUGAGAAAUUAACGAGUGCUGAAACGGUGCUGGGCGAUGGGCCUGGGCGUGUUGACACUGGGUACAUGGGAAUGCUGAGUGCGAAUGGGCCAUACACCCAGGACGAGGUAGCAGGAGAUGAGGAACUAGUGGAUGAUGAGAAAUUAACGGGUGAUGCGAAUUUAAUGGAUGGUGAUAUUUUUACGGAAGAUGAGAAAUUAAUGGGUGAUGAGGAAAUAGUGAGUGAUGAGAAAUUAAUAGGUGGUGAUAUAUUAGUGGGUGAUGAUGAACUAGUUGGCGGUGUGCUAAGCUUGGAGAAUGGUGAUAGCGCAGACACACUGGCCCAGGCUGAACGCAUGCCCAGCCCAGUCGGAAGCACACCCGAGACAGGACUCAAAAACGAGGACAAAGAGGCCGAAAGGGAUGAAAACGGGCCCGAAACGGAUGGAGGUGCGCCUCAAAAUCAGGCCGGAGGACCGGAGGUCGCCGGCAGCACCGCAGCACUUGCGGGUGCCGCGCCGGGAAGUGGUACGGCUGGUGUGGCUGAGGACAAGGCAGACGGUCCGGUUGACAGUGAUGCAGAUGCAGAUGAUGAAGAUGAUGAAGAAAAAGAGGCCGAGGAAAUGCCCCAUGGCUUGGAAGAGGGAGACACGGAGGAAACUGACCACAGCCGCAAGAUGUUCUUUAUCUUUGUAGUAUUGGCGCUGUGUGUUGGGGUGGUACACGCACUCAUCACGCUAGAUUUCCAUUGGCUACCUGAGUCUAUCGCUGUGAUCUUGGUGGGUCAUCUGUGCAAACCUGAACGUACCCACAACCAGCAUGUAUAUUUUAUGAACGGCUACCUCUCGUAUAUAGCAUGUUCAUCGGCCUCUGCACCUCGUCACUCGGUGACAACUGGAAGAAAGAGGAGACUCUUGCACCUACGGCAUUUUUUUUUGGUCCUUUUGCCCCCAAUUAUCUUCGAGUCCGGUUAUUCGCUGCACAAGGGCAACUUCUUCCGUAACAUCGGAACCAUACUGACGUUCGCUGUGGCGGGAACACUUCUGUCGGCCUUUCUAAUAGGCGUAUCGCUGUAUGUGUUGGGGAGUGUAGGGCUUAGUUACUCCAUGAGCUUCAUCCAUUGCCUGGUGUUUGGGUCCCUCAUCUCGGCCAUCGAUCCAGUGGCCACCUUGGCCAUAUUCAAAGCAUUAAAAGUGGACCAGAUUUUGGAGGCGCUGGUCUUUGGGGAGUCCGUCCUUAACGAUGCUGUGGCCAUAGUCGCCACCCGCACACUACUGACAAUUGCUGAUGAAGGAGAGGUGAAUAUGGGGACCUUUUUCCGUGCGAUUAGUAUCUUCUUUGUAAUGGGCUUUGGGUCGGCUUUCCUGGGUAUCAUUUCGGGACUUAUUUCCGCACUAGUGACAAAACACGUGGCCUUACACAAAUCGCCUUCUCUGGAGUUCAGCAUCGUGUGCGUGUUUGCGUACUUGCCGUACUGGUUGGCAGAGGCUCUGGACUUGAGUGGGAUAAUGGCGAUACUCUUCUGCGGUAUAGUUAUGGCGCACUAUACACACCCCAACCUCUCCCCCAUUACGCAGAUAACCUCACAGAAUACUUUCAGAACAAUGGCCUUCCUCGCAGAGACAGCCGUUUUUGCUUAUCUGGGCUUGGCUGUGUUCAGCUUCGCUCAUUCCUUCGAUUGGGGUCUGAUUUUCUGGUCUCUGGUACUGUGUUUUGUAUCACGAGCUUUGAAUAUCUUUCCCCUGGCGUCUCUGGUCAACAAGCAUCGCAAAGUGAAGAUACCCUUCAAGUUCCAGGUUAUCAUGUGGUUCUCCGGACUCAGAGGAGCCAUAGCCUUCACACUGUCGCUGGAUCUGCCUGAGGUGCACUUUGCCGAACAGUACCGUGUGUUGGUAACUACGACUCUUGUCAUAGUGAUCUUCACCAUUGUGGUGUGUGGUGGUUGUACGCUGCCGCUACUGAAGGCUCUGGGCUUGCAAGUGGAUACCAGAGAUAUUGAUAUGAGCAAGACGGAACAAAUGGUGUGUGUGUAG